AUGGCUGAGAAGGGUGACUGCCUAGCCAGCGUCUACGGGUAUGACCUCGGCGGGCGCUUUGUUGACUUCCGACCCCUGGGUUUCGGCGUCAAUGGGCUGGUGCUGUCAGCUGUGGACAGCAGGGCCUGCCGGAAGGUGGCCGUGAAGAAGCUGGCCCUGAGCGAUGCCCGGAGCAUGAAGCACGCCCUCCGGGAGAUUAAGAUAAUCCGGCGGCUGGACCAUGACAACAUUGUGAAGGUGCACGAGGUGCUGGGACCCCAGGGCACCGACCUGCAGGGUGAGCUGUUCAAGUUCAGCGUGGCCUACAUUGUCCAGGAGUACAUGGAGACGGACCUGGCCCGCCUGCUGGAGCAGGGCACACUGACGGAGGAGCACGCCAAGCUGUUCAUGUACCAGCUGCUGCGUGGCCUCAAGUACAUCCACUCCGCCAACGUGCUGCACCGGGACCUGAAGCCCGCCAACAUCUUCAUCAGCACCGAGGACCUGGUGCUCAAGAUCGGAGACUUCGGCCUGGCGAGGAUCGUGGACCAGCAUUACUCGCACAAGGGUUAUCUGUCGGAAGGGUUGGUGACCAAAUGGUACCGCUCGCCUCGCCUGCUCCUGUCCCCAAACAAUUACACCAAAGCCAUCGACAUGUGGGCCGCCGGCUGCAUCCUGGCGGAGAUGCUAACUGGGAGGAUGCUCUUUGCUGGGGCUCACGAGCUGGAACAGAUGCAGCUGAUCCUGGAGACCAUCCCUGUGAUCCGGGAGGAGGACAAGGACGAGCUGCUCAAGGUGAUGCCUUCCUUCGUCAGCAGCACCUGGGAGGUGAAGAGGCCUCUUCGCAAGCUGCUCCCCGAAGUGGACAGUGAAGCCAUUGACUUUCUGGAGAAGAUUCUGACCUUUAACCCCAUGGAUCGCUUAACGGCCGAGAUGGGGCUGCAGCACCCCUACAUGAGCCCCUACUCGUGCCCCGAGGAUGAGCCCACCUCACAGCAUCCCUUCCGCAUCGAGGAUGAGAUAGACGACAUCCUGCUGAUGGCCUCCACCCAGAGCCAGCUCUCCAACUGGGACACGUGCCCUUUCAGGUACCCUGUGAGCCUGUCAUCGGACCUGGAGUGGCGGCCCGACCGGUGCCAGGACGCCAGCGAGGUGCAGCGGGACCCGCGCGCAGGCUCUGCGCCCGGGGCCGAGGAGGCGCAGGUGGACCCGCGCAAGGACUCACAGAGCAGCUCGGAGCGCUUCCUGGAGCAGUCGCACUCGUCCAUGGAGCGCGCCUUCGAGGUGGACUACGGCCGCUCCUGCGACUACAAGGUGGGCUCGCCGUCCUACCUGGACAAGCUGCUGUGGCGCGACAGCAAGCCGCACCACUACUCGGAGCCCAAGCUCAUCCUCGACCUGUCGCACUGGAAGCAGACGGCCGGCGCGUCCCCCACGGCCGCGGUGGCGCCGGACGCGGUGGCGCGCGACGAGGAACCGGCCAGCCUCUUCCUGGAGAUCGCCCAGUGGGUCAAGAGCACGCAGGGCGGUGGCCCCGAGCACGAGCACGCCAGCCCGCCUCUCGAUGGCCCCGAGCGCCGCCUGGCCGCCUCGCCCCCGAGCCAUCAGGCCCCCGGCGACGGGGGCGCCAGCCCCCAAUUCGACCUGGACGUGUUCAUCUCACGCGCGCUCAAGCUCUGCACCAAGCCAGAGGACCUGCCAGACAACAGGCUGGGAGACCUCAAUGGCGCGUGCAUCCCCGAGCACCCAGGCGAGCUCGUACAGAGUGAGGCUUUCUCCAAAGAACGGUGGUGA